AAGGAAAGCUUUUAUUUGAAAAAAUAGUGUGUCCUUGUGAAAUGUUUUGCUUUAUGGAUCGGACAGAUGAAAUGCUUGGAGCAACUAUAUACGAGAAUGCAAUAUCUAUACUUGAACGUUGUACGCUCCUGCCCGGGAAUAUCACGGGCAUGAGAAAUAGGAAACGAAAGCUCAGCCCAUGAUUAGUACAGUAGAGGAGAGGGUAUAUUAUGGCAAGGUUGACAAAUCAGACUGUUGACAAUAUAAGACCAGCAUGUAAAAAAUGUGGAUACCCUGGACAUUUUACAUACCAGUGCCGGAACUUUUUAAAAGUGAACCCAAACAAAGAUAUAGUUUUAGACAUAAGUAGUACUAGCUCUGAAGGUGAAGAAGAUUUUGUUUCCCCUUUAACAGAACUCAAUCAGAAAGAAAGAAGUCUACAGCUGAAAAAGCUUCAGGAUGAUCGUCAAGAACAUCCAAGUUCUUCUACUUUUAAAAAACGCCACAGAUCAAGAUCCCCUGUUUCAAUAAGUUCAGGAAGUGAUGAUCAAAAAAACCUAGAAAGUUCCAAGCACAAAUCAAAAGCUAAAGCACAUAAAUCGAAAAAGAAGCAUAAGAGAAAACACAAGCACCGAAAAGAAAAAUGCCACAAAAAGAAGUCAAAGAAGAAAAAGUCAAAAAAUGCAUCAUCUUCUGAUUCAGAAAGUUGAUUUUAUUAUUCAAAUUUUUAAUAAAUUUUUUAUUAUAUCACUGUAUUAGAAGUAAUUUUCCACAGUAAUCAAAAAUCCAAGGAUUGUGACGACGAUUAGAGGCUAUGGCAUAAGUUCUUCCCGUAUCUUACAUAAAGCACUUUCUAAAUCCUCCCAUUUACAAUCUCAGGCAAGUAGAAUAGAAAUGCUCCGGAGCUUCUUACUAAAAAAGGAAUUUAUCACAGAGGAGAGUUAUUCCCAACUUGAUAGCCUCAGAUUCCCACUAAUGCUAAUUUGGUGAAGGGGAAUAUACUUCAUUUACACAAUCCUUCUCUUUCAAUGAUACUUUUGUCUGAGCAUUGUGCUUUAUUUUUUGCUCUAUAAUAUUUGACCUAUCACCCUAAUGAACAUAGGCAUUGGCAUGACGGUCAACAUGUGUCACA